UACAGGAAGUGGAGGAUAACCUCCGCAGUUUGGUUUGUGAUUGGUGUGUUCGUUGUGGUUUUCGCUUUGUUUUGUGUGAUGUUUCACAAUGUUUUGCGCAGGUUAGUGACAGAAACGGUUGAUGUUCGCCGUUACGCGAAUUAUACGUUUCUGUUACGGAGUCUAGGGGCUGUUUCUGUGUCUGCGCGGAGCUUUUCGGACGUGAAGGACGAAGCUCAGCAGCAUUUCGACGUUUCUUUGCUGGACUUCCUCGUAUGUCCUCUGUCCAAAAAACCCCUCAGGUACGAGGCUAAAACAAAUGAGCUGAUCAACGAGGAGCUUGGCAUCGCGUAUCCCAUCAUCGACGGCAUCCCCAACAUGAUCCCUCAGGAAGCCAGACUCAUACAGAAAGAUGCAGACACUCCGGUGAUGCCUGCAAAAGACUAACAGCUGCUCCACACAAAAAGUCACCUG